AUGGACAUCAGUAACAGUGAAACUCAGGAAACUAGCAAUUACACGACAAUAAUUGAUCCGGACGAAUCGUUCAUGACGUCUUUCAAAGCUGCAGCAGCGGCAGUCACAGAACUGUAUACAAAAGGUGCGAAUCAAAGGCGUCAAGCUUUUCAAAAUGGAUAUCAAAAGUGUUUGGAGGAUUUGAUGAACUUUGUUAAUGCACAUCAACAACAAAGAUCGCAAGGUGAUGGUGCAGAUGGUAAUAAUAAUAUAACAAUAACAAGUGUAGAACUGUGGAAUUGGGCUCGUACAAAAAAUCAUGAAAUACAGAAUUCUGUCCAGACAAAUCUCUUUUGCAACGAAAAUGGUCAAUUCACAUUCUGCUUCCAACCGAAUGCUACCAUGAUGUAUAAUCACCCGAAUCAGCGUGAAAUCGAUAACAUUGACACUGGUCAAGAGGGUGGAAUCGGUACUCUGAUGGGAAAUGAUAGUCUAAAGCGUAGAUUGAAUGAACAACAUUUCAUGGGACGCCCGAUGACGGAUACAUUCUUUGAACCAUCUUUCAAACGUGGAAGAUCACGUAAAGAAGAAUGA